AUGAGUAUAAAUAUUUCUUCACUCUUUGGUGAUUUUAAGAACAAAAUAGAGAUUGCUGCCGCUGUUAAGUACAUGCAAUUAUCCUGGAAUUCUGUUACACGGCGAUGUGAGGUGAUUGUAGAGAAUGUGGAGGAGCAAUUGAAGAAGGACAUUGACUCAUGUGAGUGUUUUUCCCUCCAGUUCGACGAGUCGACUAAUAUGGUGGAUGUGGCUCACUUAUGUGUUUUCAUCAGAUUGGUUUUUGAUGACAUGAGUGCCACAGAAGAGCUGCUCACAGUUUUGCCAUUGAAAGGACACACAAAAGGCGAAGAUGAUUUCAACACUUUCAUGGAGUUUGUUAACAAGAGCCAAGUGCCUCUUUUCAAGCUCAUCUCUAUCACAACUGAUGGAGCUCCAGCAAUGGUAGGCCACACUAGUGGGUUCAUUGCAUUGUGCAAACAAAGUGAAUCUUUCCCGGACAUUCUUAAUUAUCAUUGUAUUAUUCAUCAGCAAGCAUUGUGUGGGAAGAUUUUAAAUAGGAAAGAAGUCAUGGAUGUCGCUAUGAAAAUAGUGUGCUCUUUUCUGGCCAGGAGUCUACAGAGAAGGUUAUGCAGGGCUCACUUGGAGGAGACAGGUGUUGAACACACAGACCUGCUGCUUCACACGGCUGUAAGAUGGCUCAGCAGAGGUACAUUUUUGGUUCAGUGAGUUUUUGCCUGAAAUCAAAGAGGGAAGUGCUCAUGCUAUUGUACAGAACACUGGUGAGACCUCACUUGGAGUAUUGUACGCAAUACUGGAGACCGUAUCUUCAGAAGGAUAUUGAUACCUUAGGGAGAGUUCAGAGAAGGGCUAUUAAACUUGUUCAUGGAUUGCAGGAUAAAACUUACAAGGAAAGGUUAAAGGAUCUUAACAUGUAUAGCUUGGAGGAAAGACGAGACAGGGGGGAUAUAAUAGAAACAUUUAAAUACAUAAAGGAAUCAACACAGUAAAGGAGGAGACCAUAUUUAAAAGAAGAAAAGCUACCACAACAAGAGGACAUAUUCUUCAAUUAGAGGGGCAAAUGUUUAAAAAUAAUAUCAUGAAGUAUUACUUUACUGAGAGGGUAGUGGAUGCAUGGAAUAGCCUUCCAGCUGAAGUGGUAGAGGUUAACACAGUGAAGGAGUUUAAGCAUGCGUGGGAUAGGCAUAAGGCUGUCCUAACUAUAAGAUAAGGCCAGGGCUAGUGAAAGUAUUUAGAAAAUUGGGCACACUAGAUGGGCUGAAUCUGCCGUCACAUUCUAGGUUUCUGAAGCUUUCAAAACAAGCCGAAUAUGCACAUUUUGAGGACUGCCAGAGGCUUUUGGACUUGGCGUUCCUGACAGAUCUUACUGACAUGCUCAAUAAUUUGAAUUUAGAGCUCUAGGGUCAAGAUAAACAUGUGAUCAACAUGAUUAGUUCACUGAAUACAUUUAAAAGCAAGCUGCAACUGCUUUCAAGUAGGCUGCAUCGCUGUAACCUGCAAAACUUUCCUCAGAUACAGGCAGAACUCCAUGCAAAGAUUCUGCACAGCUUGACAGUGCACGUUAUGAGGAGCAAGUUCAGAGCUUCUUGUCAGAAUUUGAGAAGCGUUUUACUGACUUUACAUCCAUUGAGCCUGUUGCCAGCUAUCUGCGUUUUCCGUUUGGGGAGGGCAUUGAUGUGGAUUACAUGGCUUCCAAAGUAGCAGCACUGUUUGAACUGGAUAGCUCUGCUGUUGAGAGUUAG